AUGCCAAAACGCAGAUACAACCCGAGUUGGGAGAGCGAAGAGUGGGCUAAAGGUUGGUGGCUGGAGAAAAAUGAAGAUAAGAGUGAUACUGACGAUUCACAUCAGGAUGCACGCUGUAAAGUCUGUCGAGUCAAUUUACGUAGUCAUUCAUCGGACUUACAGAGACAUGGAAAAGCCAAGAGUCCCACUGACAAAAUGUCAUCCAUACGUCUACCAACAAAAAGCAAAAUGUUGAACUAUGUAAAAAAACCAGUCAGCGAGAAAUUGAAAAUUGCUGCCAUCAAUAUCUCUACACACGUUGCUGUUCAUUCAGCAAUCAGAACAGUAGAUCAUCUUGUUGAUGUGGUGAAGCCUCUAGCCAAGGGGAGUCCUCUUGAGGAUCUCAAAUUGAAACGUACUAAAUGUACUAGUACCAUCAAGAACGUGAUAGCUCCUGUGAUGCUGACAGAAUUGGUUGAAGCUAUUGGGAAAAAUGGAUAUUCAUUGAUUGUUGAUGAGUCCACCGAUGUAUCAGUCACCAAAUACAUGUGCCUCUGUGUCAAAUAUUUCAAUACAACAGAAGGGAAAUUGGUAACAGAUUUCUUGGGGAUGUUUCUUGUGGAAAAAGCUACAGCUAAAUGCCUAUACGAGAGUGUUUGUGAAUACUUGGAGACGAUCAAGCUCCCGAAGGAGAAUAUGACAGCACUUGGAACAGAUGGAGCAAGCAAUCUCUGUUGGCGUAAAGAAUCUCUCUACGCCCUACUGAAGAAAGACAUCCCCAAUCUGCAGCUAUUGAAAUGUUCCUGCCAUUCGAUUCACUUAUGUUCCUGUAAAGCGUCAGAGGAGUUACCGAGUUCAUUGGAAUAUUUAGUCAAGGAAGUUUACAAUUGGUUUAAGCAGAGUACACUUCGUCGUGUUAAGUACAAGAGAUUAUUUGAUACUAUUAAUGCAGGUGUCGAGAGCAAUCGCUUCUAUCAACUAAUUCAACUAUCUCAAACACGUUGA